GCUUAUAUCGUCUUCGUUCGCCGCCAUUAUUACGAAGUCGUUAGAGGUUGGUAUUCAUUCAUUUUUGAGUGAUCUUGUGAAUUAAUUGAUUAAUUAUUACAAAUGAAGAUGGUAGACAAAAUAGAAAUGAGUCUCGACGAUAUUAUCAAACAAAAUAAAGGAACGCGAGCGCGAGGAGGGGGUGGUAGAAGAGGUAGAGGUGUUGGUGGUUCGCCUCGUAGAGGAGCUCGAAGAACCCAAAGAGUUGGCGGUGGCGGCGGCGGCGGCAGCGUCAUGCGAGGACGCAGUCGUGGUGGCAUCACAAGAACUUCUCUUCCAUACACAAGAGGUGACGUAAAUAGUGCAUGGAAACAUGACAUGUUUGAUGGAGUAAAAAAGGUUGGCAGAGGUGCAAUAGGCAGCACAGGUGUUACUAAAUUACUCGUAUCUAAUCUUGAUUUUGGGGUAUCGGAUUCGGAUAUUCAGGAAUUGUUCAGUGAAUUUGGACCUCUCAAAUCAGCAGCUGUACAUUAUGAUAGAUCAGGUCGAUCAUUAGGCUCAGCUGAUGUUAUAUUUGAAAGAAGAGCGGAUGCUAUCAAAGCAAUGAAACAAUAUAAUGGAGUACCACUCGAUGGUCGUGAGAUGAACAUACAAGUUGCCACAUCUGAAAUACCAGUUCCAUCGGUACGUGGUGGUUCAAGACUUAGUGGUAACAGUUACGUGCAAAGAACUCAAUCUCGUUUUAGAGGUAAUCGUGGUUCAGGACCUGUAAGAGGUCGUGGUGCAAGACGCGGAGGUAGAGGAGGAAGUCGACAAGCAACCAAAACUCCUACCGCUGCAGAAUUAGAUGCAGAACUGGAAGCUUACGUUAAAGAAGUAAAGUAACAAAACCAUAAGUCCUUGGCAACACGAUAAAGUUUUGUUCUCGUCUAAUCUAACACAAUAAAUUGUGUUUUCCUUAUUUUCAUAAGAUAUAUACAAAUGAAACUAAGUGUAAUUAUACCAUUAGAAAAGGAAGCGUUAUAUGCAAUUUCAUUUUGAA